ACUUAAAUACAUCAUGCUCCCUAUAGUCCCUAAUCGGCGGUUUUUUUUUGUUUUUUAUUGAGUGAAAAUAGGUCGAAUGGUAAAAUGUAUAUUGUUCAUUGGGUUUCUUCUGUUAGAAACUGAUAAUACACUUAUGAAUUAUCUGAUAUUCGAAAAUUUUCUGAUGUAUGAUUGGUUGACAAAAGAUCUAGAAUGAUUGAAAAAGUUAUGAUUUAAAUUUGUGAAAUGUAAACUUUGUAUCAAAUAAUCCUCUUAAAUAUGUGUACGUGAUACAUGCAUAUAUAUUUAUAAAAUAUGUGAUCAGCAAAGCGUGCUUUUUUUUGACUGGAAUAAAGGAAGUGAAUAGAGUGUAGCUUUCGCGCGAAAAGUAAAACACGAUAUGAAUAAUUUUUCGUGGACUCUUCAAAGUAAGGAAUAUUUUCGAACGGAAUAUAGAUAUGAUUCUUUACAUGCCUGUGGAUAUAGCUUUUAUUGUCAUCAUUAACACCCAUACACAUUCACAUUCUAUAAUUGCAUUACAAAGUGUAUAUAUAUCUAUUUUUUAUUAUUUAUCUUCUACUUACAGUAACAGCUUUUGACUCAAAAGUUUAUUAUCGUUUUACAACAUUAUGGCAAGGUGAUGAUAAAUCUCUUUCUAUUAUUAAUGAUGGUAUAAAUAAUAAUCAACUUAUACUUGAUACAACUGAUAAUAAUAGUGGACAACAGUGGAAGAUUACUUUAAUUGGUAAUGGAUAUCAUCGCUUGACAACACUGUGGCGGGGCGAUGGUAAAUCGCUUGAUAUUGUCGAUGAUGAUAUAAACGAUGCUCAACCUAUACUCGCUACGACUAGUAAUAGUAGUGGUCAAUACUGGAAGAUUACUUUACUCGAUAAUGGAUAUUAUCGCUUGACAACAUUACGGCAAGGUGAUGGUAAAUCUCUUGAUAUUAUUAAUGAUGGUAUAAAUAAUAAUAAACCAAUACUUGCUACAACUGGUUCUUUUCAAGGACAAUAUUGGAAAAUAACAGAACUGUAA